UGUGCAUGUGUGUGUGUGCCCAUCGUGAAUUGCUCCAGCAUCCUUGCGCAGGCAGCAGGGCGAAUAUUGAUGUGGAGGGGAAAUAUAUAAAUAUAUCAUCAGAAAAAGAUGUAACCGUGGCGUCCGAUUUCGCGCUCGGCUGUUUGCAAUGACGGACGGAAGAUAUGGAAGAGAGGAUUUUGUGCUGCGCCUCUUUGGAGGACGGACCGACGCGCUGAGAGAAAUAAUGCGGAAUAUUUUCUCACAUAGGUGUUAAGGCAGAAAAUACAAGAUGAAGAAGCAGUUCAAUCGAAUGCGACAGCUCGCCAACCAAACGGUGGGAAGGGCAGAAAAAACAGAGGUGCUGAGUGAAGAUCUUCUACAGGUGGAGAAGCGUCUGGAUCUGGUCAAGCAGGUGACACAUAGCACUCACAAGAAACUGACCGCCUGCCUGCAGGGUCAGCAGGGCACUGACACCGAGAAGAGAUCUGUCAAGUCACCUUCUAAAAAGCUUCCGCUCACAAUCUUGGCACAGUGCAUGGAGGAGGGAGCAGCGGUGUUGGGGGAUGACUCUCUCCUAGGAAAGAUGCUGAAGUUGUGUGGGGACACAGAAGACAAGCUGGCCCAGGAGCUGCUGCAGUUUGAGCUCCAAAUAGAAAGAGAUGUGGUGGAGCCUCUUUAUGUGCUUGCAGAGGUGGAUAUUCCCAACAUCCAGAAACAGAGAAAGCACUUAGCUAAACUUGUUUUGGACAUGGACUCAGCGCGAACAAGAUAUCAGCAGUCAUCUAAGUCAUCCAGCCAUCCAAGCACAAUGCAGCCCGGUGCCAAGUCCGAAUCCCUCAGAGAGGAGAUGGAGGAAACAGCCAAUAGGAUGGAGAUUUGUAGAGAUCAGCUGUCGGCAGAUAUGUACAAUUUUGUGGCCAAAGAAAUAGACUAUGCAAACUACUUCCAGACACUAAUAGAAACACAGGCAGAGUAUCACAGGAAGUCAUUAGAAAUUCUUCACAGUGUCCUGCCCCAGAUUAAAGCUCACCAAGAGGCGUGGGUGGAGAAGCCAUCAUUUGGCAAGUCUCUGGAGGAGCACCUGAAUAUUAGUGGGAGAGAGAUUGCAUUUCCCAUUGAGGCCUGCGUCACCAUGCUGUUAGAAUGUGGCAUGCAAGAGGAGGGCCUUUUCAGAGUGGCUCCAUCUGCCUCCAAGCUGAAAAAGCUGAAAGCUUCGCUGGACUGCGGAGUUCUUGACGUCCAGGAGUAUUCCUCUGACCCGCACGCCAUCGCAGGGGCCCUGAAAUCAUACCUCCGUGAACUCCCUGAGCCACUAAUGACCACUGAACUUUAUGAUGAAUGGAUUCAGGCCUCCAACAUUCAAGAUAUAGACAAGAGACUGCAAGCCUUAAUGGCAGUAUGUGAAAAACUCCCCACAGACAACCUAAACAAUUUCAGAUAUCUUAUAAAAUUUUUAGCCAAGCUGAGUGAAUACCAGGAUUCGAACAAAAUGACUCCUGGUAACAUGGCCAUUGUCCUCGGACCUAACUUGCUGUGGACUCAAACAGAACCCAACAUGACGGAGAUGAUGACCACUGUUUCUCUGCAGAUUGUUGGCAUCAUUGAGCCUAUUAUUCAGCAUGCUGAUUGGUUCUUCCCUGGAGAGAUCGAGUUCAAUCUGACAGGCUGCUAUGGGAGCCCGAUUCACACCAACCACAACUCCAACUACAGCUCCAUGCCCUCACCAGACAUGGACCAGUCAGAACGCAAGCAGCAGCAGCACGACCAGAGCCGACGCCCACUGAGUGUUGCCACUGACAACAUGAUGCUGGAGUUUUACAAGAAAGAUGGCAUUAGGAAGAUACAAAGUAUGGGCGUCAGAGUGAUGGAUACCUCCUGGGUGUCUCGCAAGGGUUCUUCCACCCUGACACGCAAGACUUCUUCCACCCCUCCUGGCAUGCAAGGACCUGGCUCCCCCGCUGACACGCUCAUCCUCGAGCAGCCCUGCGAACUCGCCACCUCGCCCUCCGCCACGCCGCCACUUGGAGAAAGGGUUUGCUCAGAGAACGUGUCGCUCAAUCGGCCAGACACCUCUUUUGCCCACCCAACCCCUGGGGAGGACCGGCCACCCCCUCCUUACCCUUCCUCCUCGUGCCACUCCGUGCCCCACCACUUUUACCCCAAGCCCCCACCUUGCGCUCGUCCUGUGGCACCAGGUCCCGAGUCCCAGCCCCCUGGCUCGCCACCACCCCCAGUGCGCUGGUCUGGCUUCACUCCUCCCGCCCCGCCCCCUUCCUCCUCCUCUUCUUCCUCCUCCUCAUCUCUCGACAUCAAUUCAAACCCCAAACCUAGUUGUCUGCACUUCCCCAAGCACAGCCCGCCAGGUGACUUGUCACAAGCCCCUCCGCUCGACACUAACGCUUCACCACUCUAUGUCAAAACCCCCUUGCUACUAACCCGCCAUGACCAGAGUCACAGCAACCCCCCUAGCCUCCCUUCGUCCGCUCCCCCACCCCCGCCGUGGGCUGCCUGUCCAUGUGCCCGAGAGAGAGGACCCCCCAGGCUGACUAGUUCGCUAAAGAGUAAAGAGCUUUCACCUGUGAUUGGGCACAAAGGCAUCCAGGUGGCAAGCCCAACAGUGCCCCCCAGCUGCAGCCCUCAGAGCAGCACCCAGUCCCCCCAUUCAACUGAGCACAGCCCUCACGCCCUGCGCAAAGGUUCCAAGAAGUUGGCCCCUGUGCCUCCAAAGGUCCCUUACGCCCAGUCCGGAGGGAUGUCUGACCAGUCCACAGGUCAGCCAUCACCUGUAAGCCUGUCCCCUACACCUCCCAGCACCCCUUCCCCGUACGGACUGACCUGUCCUCCAGGGCAAGUACCGCCAUCCUCCCCUGGGCAGACUCCACUUGGGCCAACCCACUCGCUAUCAUCUCCGCCCUCCCUCUCUGGGACACUCACCAAGUCGCGGCCUGCCCCUAAACCGAGGCAGAGGCCGAGCCUACCCCCUCCUCAGCCACCCCCACCACCUCUACCCCUGGCUCCAGUCCCCCAGCCUCUGGAGCAGGACCUCCUGGAUGGACUGUCUCCUGGAGAGAGCAUGUCAACAGAUAUCUUCAAUUAUGAAAUCCCCUCCAUCAAUGUCAAUCUGGACAGCCUCAUCGAUGAGUUCAGCGGUGCCCCCUGCAGGAGGUCCCUGGCAGUGACAGACUCUCCAGAGGGGGACGCUGUGCCUGAGGAGGAGCCCCAGAGCACCAUUCUAUGACCUAUAACCCUGAGGCAUCUUUUACCAGCGUCCCAGUGGCUGUAUAUGCUUUGAACUGUCAACACCAAGGCUUGAUGGAAACACUGACUGGCCUCACCAAAUGCCCACCUGAAAUCAGAACAUGAACCUUUCCUCACAUCGGCUCCAGGCUGCAAAGAAACUCAUCUUUCUCAGCUGCUUCUUUUAUGUUUAUGUGACUACAAACAAAACAAACAAACAAAAAAAACACCAAAAUGCCAUAGUGGAUGAAUUGUUGCCUUUAAAGAGAAAAGACUGGGAAAUCGAUAAGUAUUACAUCAAAAGAUAUUUUUAUCACUGAUUUAUUUUUUGCUUAUUUGCUUUACUUUGUAAUUUUGUUUCACGGUGCAAUGCUCUACGUUUCUCGAUCUUUUUGUAGUUAUUUUGUUUUGCCUUAUAAGAACAUGCAAUCAAAUUGCAAUAUGACGUUCACAGGUUGUGCAAAUAAGUUGCUUUUGGGAAACUGGCAUGGUUUGGAGCAAAUCUCAUCCUCAGGUUGAAACACAGACAGAGUGGGAGUGGGGCUCACAGGGUAUUCAACUUUGCACACAUGAGAAACAGACUGGGCCCUUUAAGGCAGGCUUUGCAUGCAGGAUGGAACAUUUAACUCAGUUUUAAUAAAGUCCCUUCAUUUUUACUCCACCUGAAAAAAUAGGUGUUUACACAUGUACAGGUAAAACUCACCUAAACUCACUCUACAUUGUACCAGCACAUAAUCAGAAGAAUGUUAUUGCAAUUUAAGCUUUUUCUACUUGCACCCGUUGUUCCGUUUGGAAGAAGCAUCAUGUUGUUUUUGCAUGACGAACUGAUGUGAUUGAUCUGCUUCAGAUUCAGGGCCUCUGAGUGAUUUAGUUUUAUUUCCAAAGUGUUAAUCUAAAAGUUUUGUUUCCCUCUGGGAGGAAAUCCUGACCCUCACGCCUGUUAGGAUGCUGCAGCUUGAUGAUGACGGACGGAGGACUACACUGCCUUUAUGUUUGUGCGAUUCGCUCUCAACUUUGUUUCAAGUGCUUCAGGUUCAGUGACCUUUGACCCUUGAGUGUAAAUACAAAGACUGUACAUAGGUUUAUGUAUAUAAAAUUGAGAGGAAGAUUAUAUGUAAAAUGCAUAUCUGGAACAUAUAAUGAUAUUAAUAUAUGUGCUGAUAUUUAUCGUGUAGAAAAUGACAUGAUUAAAAUUUUGAUGUUAUAUUUUGUCCCUGCACACAAUGAACAGGUGUACUGUAGAUUUAUGUUUUUUUCCUUCUUCACUUUUACGCCGUUUUACUAUGGUGCUGCAGCAGACAUGCAGAAUGUUCACUCUGCAGCAACUCAUCUGAGGUCUUCAGGCCUGUUCUAAAUCUUCACGAUCGACUUAUGAUUCCUCCAUCUAAAAAAUCUAUCUGCAUUAGAAAACAAUACUCUCAAAAUGCCCAAAUUAUUUUUUUAUUUUAACCCAAGACAAUUAUAAAGUGCCUUCCAGAAGUAUUACUACAUCUUGAACUUUUUCACUGCAGAAAACGUCACUAUGUUCUAUUGACCAAAACAUAGCAAUGCAUAACAAUGAAGGGGAAGAAGCAUAUGCAUAAUUUUGUUUUUGUUUUUGUUUUUGUUUGUUUGUCUUUUUUUAGAAUAGCUCAAUUUUAAGCAGAUUGGAGAGAGAAUCUGUUAACCUCAGUUUCCAAAUCUUACCAGUUUUUCUUCAGUCUAGAUCUUACUAAUACAUGAAUAUGUUUUUAUGUAAACCAUUCCGCUCUUUGUUUAGGAUUGGGAUACUACUGAAAGGGGAACGUUCACUCCAGUCACCAAUCUUUUGUAGCCUCUCACAGGUUUUCUCUCAGUCUUUAGCAGCAUCCAUGUGCUCAUCAACUCUGGCCAGAUUAUCUGCCCUGUUGAUAGAAAAGCAACCCCCAAAGCAUCAUGCUGUUUGAACCAUGUUUCAUUGUGGGGUAUUAAUUUUCUGCUCAUCUUCAUUUGAAAAUGGAGGGAUUUAAUGAACUCUGACCUGAGAUUCUUCCUUCAUAUAUCCUGCGUUUCCUCGUGUCUUGUGGCACACUUCAGAAAAAAACAGUUUGACAAUCUUGCCUCUCUCCUAUGCUAGAUAUGAGGAAUGCAUCAUUAAGAGACUGUCCUGUGAAUAAAUACUUCCAUUUGAGCUGUGGAUCUCUGUUGCUCCUCCAGAGCUCCCAUGGGCCUCUAACCUGCUUCUCAAUGCUCUCCUUGCCUGCCUUGUCAUUUUUAGCGGAGGGCUAUAUAUUGGUAGAUUUGCAUUUGUGCCAUGUUAUAUUCUAAUGUCGUUCUUUCAGAAUAGGUGAACAACUUUAUCCCUGACAUUUCUUUCUGUUCCUUGAGCUUCAGGUUGCUGUUUUUGUCAUUAAUGUUCUAUAACCAAACCUUUGAGGCCUUCACAGAACAGAUAGAUUUGUACUGAGAUUGCAUCACUCACAGGAGGACUCUUUUUUUUUCCUUUUGCUAAUAAAGUGACUUUGGAAGGCUGUUUGGUGCACUGACUUUCACUUAGGUUAGAACUAGAGAAAUAUGAAAAAGGUUCCAAGGGUAUUAAUGCUACUGCAAGGCACUGGAGAAUUUUGAAAUUUAGCAGAUGGGAGAUGUAGCAGAAUCACUUUUCUAUGUAAUACUAAUCAUCAUAGAGCAGUGAUUGUGUUGAUUAAAGCACAUUUACAGAGUUUACUGGUCCACCUUAGUCCAAAAAAAACUGCUCAAAAUUACCUAUUUCCAAAUCUACUUUAAAGAAGCCAUUGCAUUCAUAGUAAAGCAUUUUUAAGGUGAAUCCAAAAACUAAGUUUAGUUUACUUACUCCCAAUAUGGGAGCUAUGAUAUGCCUCAGUGUGUGUGUUCUCAAUGGACUAUCUCUUUGAAGAUUUUGGUAAUGUUGAUUAUCUUGAUAGUUGUGGUAACUUUAUGACAAUAAUUGCAAGUGCCCUCACUCUUUGUUACUUUUGAACAACAAUAAUCAAUGUGUGUUAGAAGUUUUUAUUUUGUGUGCCGGAUCCAUAUGUUCAUACACAGAGGCAAAACUAUCUCUGAAUGUGACUGAUGCAGAUUUUUUUAGUGGUAGGCUGCUCUACAGGUUAAGUGAAUAUUAGGACGGGAUGAAGUUAGUUCAGGACUGUUGGCAUGUGUUGUUAACAGAACAUGGCAGUAUUACUCUAAUGCUUUUAGGCAACAUAACUGGAACUUACAGCCAAGCUGAAAGCAUGCACUCAAUUCAUUAUAGGUGUGAUAAUUAAGCUUCAAACAAAACAACAACAAAAAAAAAACUUCUGUACUUUCCCAAAAAAUGUGAGCCCUUACCUUUGGUUGCUGCUGUGAAUUAACUACAGCUAUGUUUUUAAGUGCAUAUUAGUUAGAUCAACUUCUUCCACCUAAUGAUACACAGUUCUGUUGUUUUAUUGAGCUUUUAAUGGCUGUAGGUCAAUUUCCACUUUAUCACCAGGUAUGUCACGCCAAAACAAAGCCAAGUUUAUUUGCAUAUUGUGUGGAUUUAAAACAGGAGGAGACAAAAAGAGUCAUGCAUGCACUUGGAAAAUAUUUUUAGCAGACCACGUCCUUUCGUUAAUCAGUCAUGUCAAGGGAUUGUGAGAGAAUGUGAAAUGCAAUGGACGCUCUUUUGUGGGAUUUUGAGCAAUACAGAGGAGGAGUGUAGGUUGCCUGUGGAUGUACAGCCUCCUUCUGCUUUCACAACUGAUGUAUAAAACUAAAUCUGCCGCUUGUCGAGCCCACCAUGCCCAACCCUUCAUUCUCUGCUUAGCAUAAUGAGUGGAACACAGUGUGUACUGUGAAGUCUACCUGCAAUCCUUAUCAGAAUGUCAGAAAUAAAUAUAUAUUAAACUCUACAUUUUUAAUAACC